UGCCUUGGCUCUCUGGUCUGUGAUGUGUUGUUCCAGUGUGGGGAGGCAUACUGACUUGGAUUGAGGGGAGGGAGUGUGCGUGCGCGAGUGAGCGAGCGAGCGAGCACCAGACAGUCAGCUCGAGCUGCUACCCGGGAGAGGCGAUGAUGGCGGCGGCUGUAGAAAGAGGAGGGGUUCGGGCCGCCUUCCUGAACCCGGGGAGCGGCGGUGGCGGCGGACCCGCUCCGGCUACAGUCCCGGCUGCACCGGGAGCUGGGGCUGGAGUCGCCGGCCUUGGUUCGGGUGGCUCGGGUCCGAUGCCCGUUCCUAUGAACCUAUUUGCAACCUGGGAAAUAGACCGCUCUUCUCCAAGCUGCGUUCCAAGGUUGUGCAGCCUCACCCUGAAGAAGCUGAUCGUCCUGAAGGAACUGGACAAAGACCUGAACUCGGUGGUGAUCGCUGUGAAGAUCCAGGGUUCCAAACGCAUCCUGAGGUCGAACGAGUACGUGCUCCCGCCCGGAGGACUGAUGGAGACGGACCUGGAGCUCACCUUCUCAUUACAGUAUCCGCAUUUCCUCAAGAGGGACGCCAACCGGCUGCAGAUCAUGUUGCAGAGGAGGAAGCGCUACAAGAACCGCACCAUCCUGGGCUACAAGACGCUGGCCGUGGGAGUCAUCAACAUGGCCGAGGUGAUGCAGCACCCAACGGACGGAGGCCAGAUCCUGGGUCUCCAUAGCAACGUGAAGGAGGCCCCCGUUCGGGCGGCGGAGAUCAGCGUGUUCUCGCUCUCCAGCCAGCCGAUCGACCACGAGGACGGCAGCGUGCAAGCUGGGCCCAAGACUAAAACCUCAGACCGCUCUCCCGACAUCGACAAUUACUCGGAGGACGAUGACGACAGCUACUCCUCCGAGCAGGAGGCCAGCGACGACGCUGUUCACGGGCAGGACCUGUACGAUGAAGACGACGAGGUCAGGAAGCCAAAGAAAUCGCGAAGGAAAAUGAUCAGGACCACCUCCAUGACCAGGCAACCCAACUUUAAGCAGAAGUUUGUGGCCCUGCUGAAGAGGUUCAAAGUUACGGAUGAGGUGCUGGACUCUGACCCGGUGGAUCAGACGCAGGAGGUGGAGGAGGAUUUGGACCUGCUGUACGACAGCCUGGAGGUCUACAACCAGAGCGACAGCGGGCCCGAGAUGGAGGAUAACGAGAGCGUGCUCAGUACGCCCAAACCCAAACUCAGACCGUUCUUUGAAGGGAUGUCCCACUCCAGCUCUCAGACGGAGAUUGGGAGCCUGCACAGCCAGAGGAGCCAGGCCCGAAACCCCUCCUCCGCUGGUGCAGACUUCCUGUCUGUGGAGAAGACCAAAGUGCCCGGGGCCCGGUAUCCUGAAAACAGCUCUGUGGAGGCCGCACCAGGGGAGCCAGAGGAAGAGGAUGUGGGGGCGGGGCCCGGGGCAGGGCCAGGGGCGGGGCCAGGGGCAGGGGAUGUCAGCUGGGACCCCAGUCCUGAAAAACCCCCCAGCUCCGUAGGAAAGCUCUGCAAGACGGAGUCCCAGAACCACAUGUCACCCAGUAAAACGGAGAACAAGCUUCAGCGGCGGCCGCGGAGCACCUCCAUGAAGGACCGGCAGAACAGCAAGGCCCAGAGCGACCGCACCAGCAGCAUGGACAGCGAGAGCUCGCCGGACUCCCGGCUCACCGCGCAGGUCCCUAGGAAGUCUGUGUACGACCAGCUGAACCAGAUCCUGAUCUCAGACGAGCAGCUGCCAGAGAGCAUCAUCCUCAUUAACACCACCGACUGGCAGGGCCAGUACCUGGCUGAGCUCCUUCACCAGCACAACCAGCCCAUCGUCUCCACCUGCUCAUCUGCCGACGUCCAGGCCGCCUUCAACACCAUCGUUACCCGGAUACAGAGAUUCUGCAACUGCAACGCGCAGACGCCCCCCACCAUCAAGGUGGCGGUGGCGGGGGACCAGAGCUACCUCAGCACCAUCCUGAGGUUCUUCGUGGAGCAGCUGGCCAACAAGACGCCCGAUUGGCUGAGCUACAUCCGUUUCCUGGUCAUCCCCGUCGGUUCUCAUCCCCUGGCGAAGUACGUGGCGUCGUUCGACAGCAAGUUCAACAACCUCUUCAUGGACACAGCGUGGAGGGAGGUGUUCAGCCGAACAGAGCCCCCAACUUCAGACACCAUGGACGUGGCGGGCCGGGUCACACAGUAUCUGGCUGGGGCCGCCGUCUCACACCAAUUCCCCAUCUCAGAGGCCAUGCUCACCUACAAACAGAAGAGGAAGAGAAGUUUGUAUUUUGAUUUUUACAUCAGCCCCGACGAAGACUCCUGCCAGAAGUUUGUGCCCUUCAUCGGGGUGGUGAAAGUGGGAAUCGUAGAGCACAGCCUGUCCACCUCAGUGGACUCAGACGACGCCAUGGUGGGAGGGAUCAGCAUGCUGUCGUCUCCGCCCCCACAGACAGGGGGCGUGGCCUAUGGAAAGGACAUGACAUGCACCCCUCCCCCCUCCCCCUCAGUUUCCACGGCACUCUCCGGAGCUGGUUCUCCGGGCUCAGGUGGAGAGGUGAUGGGGCUGCAGGUGGAUUACUGGGCGUGGCAGGGUCCCGAUAAGAAGAGGGAGGGGGAGAGGCGGGACGUGGGCAUCAAGAACACCCUGAAGAGCAACUUCCGCUCCCUGCAGGUCAGCCGAAUCCCCAGCGGGGGCGAGCUCACGCCCUCCCCCAGCAUGUCCAUGACCGUGGUCACCAAGGAGAAGAACAAGAAAGUGAUAUUUCUCAGUAAGAAGCCCAAGGAGAAAGAUCUGGACUCCAAGAGUCAGGUGAUCGAGGGCAUCAGCCGGCUGAUCUGCACUGCUAAACACCAGCACACCAUGCUGAGAGUCUCCAUUGACGGUGUGGAGUGGAACGACGUUAAGUUUUUCCAGCUGGCCGCUCAGUGGCCCACUCACGUUAAGCACUUUCCCGUGGGGGUCUUCGGCUACACCAAGCCCGUGUGACCGCGCCCGGCAACCGUCGCCCGGCGACCGCCGGACCGGCUGGGUCUCUCCAGCGCCCCGUCUUUUCGGAAUGAGGAAGUCCAAUCGGAGCAGUGUUCCCGAUCGAAUCCCUAAUCGUUUUCCUGUGGAAACUAUAGAAGCUCUAACCCAGCGUGGGUUAGUGCAGGAUUCUUCUUUUGGUUGUCGAUGUCCUUGUUUUUUGGGGAAUUAUUAUUUAAAACAUUUUUUGUUACACCAGCAAAAGGAACGCCGGGGUCUUUUUGUGAGGAUAUACACUGCCACAGAAAUCCAAUAUUGGGCUUGGGAAAAAAAAAAGCAACACUAAAUUUGGUGGUCGGCAGCUGUGUUUGCACUUUGUUUUUCGGUUAUGUUUUUUAUCGUUUCUGUGAAAUCUUGUGGGUCGUUGUUCUGUAUUGUGUGUGAGGGUUGGGGGAGGGGGGGGGGGCGUUGUGCAGAUUUUUGGAUUUUGUUUGAGGGGGGGGGGGCGCGGAAUGAGUGGAACGUUGCUGUGAAUCUAGCUGAGGUCUCUGUCACCCCCAAGAGAGACCCUCUUUUUCUUUUGUUGGGUUUUUAUAACAAGAAGUGACUUGCUAGCGUUUUGAUAUGAUACUUAUUAGUGAGUAAACUUGCCUUUUUUAUUUUGAAGCACACUGUGUAUCGGAAGCAAAAAAAAAAAAAACAAGCAACUAUAUAUCUGAAAGCAGGAAAGAGGAAUUAAAAUUUAGAAUCGGGGACGGACGGACAGACAGACGGACGGACGAACUCGCACUGACACAGGGAUAAGGUAUUGGCCCUUAACGCCAUCUUCAGAGCUGAGGACGGGCUGUGAAAUUUGGGUCUUUGAGAGGUGCGACUCUGGCUUCUGAACCCCUCUCUCUCUCUCUCUGUCCUACUUCUUUCUCCUAAACAAAAGGCACAAUCCACCGCUCACAGACUGACUCACACAUUUAUUAAUCUCUCUCUUAGGCUCUUACACACACAUACCUUUUCAGUUCUUCGCUUUCUUGCAGCUAAAUACCAAAUUUUUAGUUGUUCUAACCACGUUGUGCACUCGGGCUAGUGUCCACUUGUACACCCAAAACGGGUAGCAGAGAAGGGUGUAGUGCACAUUCGUUCACCCGAAGCGGGUAGCAGAGGGGGUUGUGUGCGCUCGUUGGGCAGAAGCUGAUAGCAAAGGGGAGUAGUGUGCACUAAUUAGCUAAUAGGUUAGCAGCCAGCUGUCUCUGCAGCUAUUCUAGCUUUGUGUUUGUCACUGAUUGGCUGAAGAGUUUCCAGUGCCUGUUUCACCAGGUCUGGUACACACUGCAAAAAAACUAAAAAAUAAGUCAAUCAAGUAUUUUAUCCUUACAUUUAUACUUAAAAUCUUAUUUCUAUUACUUAUUUGCUAAGUAAGACAUAACUAUUUUCAGUUUCAGGUGAGAGGUUUGAGUCAUUUCAAGAUGAGUCAUUGCCAAGGGGUAAGAAUUUCACUUAAGCAAGCAGUACCUUCAAGCAAGCUAAUAUUUUCUACUUGAGAGAAAAAAAAAUUAAGUCUCAUUACACAACUAAAACGCUUGUUAAGACAGACUUUUUUUUACAGUGCAGCCUUGCUACAGAGCCAACAGAACAUGGCAGAGCCCUGGCAUUAGAGCCGUUGGAGUCUCAGUGUCAGACGCUGCGUUUGAGCGCAGGCCACUCAGUGACCCCGCGUUGACCCGGAAGGGGUUCGGUCGUGGGGUUAAGGUUACAGUGCCAGAGGCCGGCUGCCAGUGGUUUUGAGGUGACAAACUGGCGAAACUGAACUGAAACUGAACAAGUAGUUCAGCUCUUUCAUCAGCAUGGCCCUCAGAGCUAAAGACCAGACCCGGGAGGUAACAUAAAUCUUCAAAAUAUUUUAACUUGUGGAAGGCCAUGCAAUUAUUUCUUUUUUUGGUUAGGCCCAUUUUCUCAAAAGAAGUAAGUCAUGAUAUAAAGAUAACUGCACCAGAAAGAGAAAUAUUGCGUGGACUUUUAUGACCUUCUGUAUUAACUCUUUAGACGCCAGUAAAAAUUUGAAAGCACACCUUGCCAAUACCCUGAGAAUGUUCCGGCGAACAUUGUACUAGCCAAAAUGAUCUAAUGAAAGAAAGGUUCUAAUGAUGCAGGAUCUAAUCUUCAGGAGUUUCACUGGCAUCUGCGGGGUUAAAACAUGGGUUCAAAUAAUUUACUUGACCCAGGUCUGCGGUCAGCUGACUUAGUGGAUCCAAGUCCCCCAUUUUCCAGUACCCCAUUUUUACUGGAGUUUAUUUUGAGUGUUUUUCUCCGGUGUGGUUUCUCAGAUCUGUACAAUUUAUAGGGUAAUUUUAAGGAUAAUUUUCACUGGGUUUUUUGUAAACAGACCCUUUAAGAAAAAAAAAAAAGAAGUAAUCUGUAAUUACUUAAUAUGUAAUAAAUCUAUAAUAGAUUACGUUAUAUUGUACGUUGACGUUAUAUGGUGAAUGACUGACGUGUUUGUUUUGCUGUGUGAGGGGCGUGUAGUCAGUGUCACUCAUUCGUGCUUUACAGUCAUACGCUUUCACUUCAUUAAGGGCACCUAGGCUGUUCAACAAUACAAAAUACCCUAUUUAAAAAGCACCCUGCUAACUGGAGUAGGAGAUAUAUAUUUAGAGAUUUUCCUUUUUCCAUUUUUUGGGAAAAAAAGGAUUAUCUCACAGUAUUUUGUUGUAGCAUUUACAACCUGCGUGUAGUCAUAAAAAAUAAAAAAUUAAAGCUGCUCGUGCUUACAAAGUUGAGCAUGAAAUACGUGGUCCAAAUUGACCAAUCAGCCGCUUUCCCUGGGUUUCGCGAUCUUCACAAAGUACCCUAGGUGCCGUUUAACUGGAGGACUCAGUUUUGCCAUUGUUUUGUUUUUUUAUUUCCUGGUAGACGAUGUCUUUCUGAGCACAGAGGCAGCCUCUUGCUGGAGACAGUACAGAUGAUCUACAAGAAACUCUGGUGACUGCAAUGAUUUAUUUAGUGUGGGG